AUGGCACCAAUCAGUCAAGACCCCCCAAAUGGGGUGAAUGCGGGGAAUGGCAAUGGCACGCAGCCGAAACGGCCUGUUCGGAUUGCUGGAUGUUCCGGAGGCGUCUAUGACCGCAAACGAGCAAUGCAUGACAUGGCCAAGAAUGAAGACAUUGACGUUAUUACCGGCGACUGGAUGUCCGAAUGCAACAUGACGCUGCGAGGCUCCGACAAGCGCGACCGUCUAGCCAAGCAAAAGAUGAGCUCGGGGUCGACCAUGGUCGCCAAGGGCUACGAACCAUACUUUCUCGAAGAAAUCGACCCUGCGAUUCCCUGGCUGGCCAAAAAAGGUGUCAAGGUUGCCGUGAAUGCCGGUGCCAGCGACGUUCACGGUUUGGCCGAAGCCGUCAAGGAGCUGAUCCAAAAGCACGGUGUUGAUCUCAAGAUUGGUGUGGUUGAUGGUGAUGAUGUAACAGAUGCGGCGUUGGAGCUUUACCGUCAAGGCAAGUAUGUCCAAAUUGCAAUGUCACAGACCUAUAGACUAAUUUAUGCAACCUUUGCAGGAGAGCCCUUUUUGAAUCUUCCUGCAAAUAAGCCCAUCAAAGACUGGGGAUUUGAACCCAUUUGCGCUCAAUGCUACCUGGGAGGCACCGGCAUCGCAGCAUGCUUUGAAGGUGGUGCGGAUAUUGUGCUAUGCGGUCGCGUCGCGGAUGCCUCUGUGACUGUAGGAGCAGCGAUGUGGUGGCACGGCUGGACCAGAGAUAACCUCAAGGAACUCGCCGGGGCCUUGAUGAUUGGCCACAUAAUCGAGUGCAGCACGUAUGCCACUGGCGGCUACUACUCGGGUUUCAAGGACUUGGGAGUCAAUGAUACUGACAUGGGCUAUCCCAUCGCUGCGAUUGACGAAAAAGGCGAAGCAGUCAUUUCAAUGGAGAAAGGCAAAGAUGGAUUGGUGACGAUUGCGACAAUUGCGAGUCAGCUAUUGUAUGAGAUCCAAGGUCCGCUCUAUUACAACUCGGACGUGACGGCUUCAAUCGAGGACAUAGUAUUGAAGCAAGUUGCAAAGAACCAAGUCCACGUGUCUGGAGUCAAGGGGCUUCCACCACCGGCAACAACAAAGGUCUACUUGACGGGGCUUGAUAUUGACGAAAAGCUUGCCAUGAUAGAACGGCAAACCAAAGCUCGAAUGGGCGACGAAGUGAACAAGUUCUCAUGCCUCAAGUUCAUGCUUGCUGGAGCUGUCCCACAAGAUCCGAGCAGCCAAGAGGAAGCGACCGUGGACUGUCGCAUCUUUGCUCAGACAGCAGAUCCCGAUAUUCUCUCUGGCUCAAGUUUUGUUGACUCCGAUCGUGGCUCCUUUGCUCGGUACUGCAUUGAGAACCUGCUUCAGAGCUACCCAGGUGGCACCAUGGCAGUGGACAUGCGCACGGCAAUCGGCCGUCCUUUCUUUGAGUACUGGGUCACCCUGAUGCCACAGACAUUUGUUCACGAGACGGCCCAUCUACCUAACGGAACAGUGAUUGAUAUACCUGCUCCGACAAACGUCAAGACGUAUGAGCGAGAGCAGCCAAGCUACGACACGGCGAACCCAGCUGAUCUCGGCUGCUUUGGUCCCACCACCCGUGCACCGCUUGGCCACGUCGUUCUCGGUCGGUCUGGUGACAAGAGCUCCAACUGCAACCUCGGCCUAUUUGUCCGCCACGACGAUGAGUGGGACUGGUUCCGGACAAUGCUGAGUGCCUCGAAACUCCGGGAGCUGCUGGGCAAGGAUGACGUUGGUAAGCAGAUUGACCGAUGCGAGUUUCCCAACAUUCGCGCAGUACACUUUUUGUUAAAGGAUCACCUGGACCGGGGCUUCAACUCGACGAGUAGCUUUGACAGUCUGGGCAAGAAUUUGUGCGAGUACAUACGCUGCAAACAUGUCGACAUACCAGACAAGUUCCUACAGAGAGGUAGAAUCUAG